AUGUUUCUAUUUGUAGAUGACUUGGCACCAGGAAGCAAUCCAUUCACCAUGCCACUAGAUAGUGAUAUUUUUAUGCUCAGAGAUAAAGAAAGACAGAAAAAGAAACAGGAAAGAUUGAAACAAAGACAGCUAAAAGUACAUGAGAAAACCACCUAUGCUACUCGAGUUAAUUUCCGUACGGCAUCAAUGAUACGACCAGUUGAUUCUGAUGAAGAAAUAACAGAAGAAGACCCAGAUAAAUCAGUAGCUGUUAAAGAUGAUCCUGAAUUCACAAUUAAAGUCACAAGAGAUCGUCAUGUAGAAAAAGAAUCAUUAGCAGAGUAUAUUGCUAAAAAACGUGAAAUGUUUCUAGUUCAGUAUUCAUUAGGUGUAAAACGUGAUGAAAUGAGAAAACUUGAAGAAAUCGCUCAAGCUGAAGAAAGGAAAUUAGAAUUAGCUGAACAGUAUUUAGAAGAAGAUGCUGCCAUGUUUGAUGAGUUUUUAAAAGAAAAUGAUAAGAAUUCUGUGGAAGCUAUCAAAUUAGCUGAACAAGAGACCAAGUUGAAAUUGGAGAAAGUUGCUGAAAUCAAAAGAAUCCAUGCUCAAAUGAUGACUAUUAAAUCUGAAAUAUCAAAAUAUGAAGACACAUUAAAAGAAUACCAGUUAUAUCGUAAAUUCUUAGAAACAUUAACACCUCAGGAAUUUCUAGAAGAAAAAAUGAAUGAGAAAAAGAAAAGGAGAGAAGAAAGAAGGAAAGAAAGAGAAAUGAAUGCAUUAAACGCUAAGAAAAGUGAAAUGGAACAACUUGAGAAACAACAGUCAGCUGAGUCAAAAAUUCGGAAGAAAUUUGGUAAACCAGGUUCUGUACAAAAGACUAGCUUAAGUUCUACUUCUUCCAAAAAAAUAAGUGAAACAGAGAGUCCUGCCUUGUCAAAUCUUGAAGAUGAAGAUGACAGUGAUGAGGAGUUAGAAUUGUACUUUAAAGAUCCCCAACAACUAUUAGAUAUAUUUGCUGAAUUAGAAGAACAGAAUCUAUCAUUGAUUCAAAACAGUCAGGAAACAGAGGAGUCUUUAGAGGAAAUGAAACAAAAUAUUAAACAAACUAAACGCAAAAUGGAAAAAGAAACCCAGAUUUUAAAAGAGCAGAUAGAUAAAUUAAAUACACAGAUUAAAAAAGAAGAAGAAAAAGCAGCAGAUCUGAAAAUGAAAUCAAAAAUGUUUAAUUAUGGUGAAUUUAAAGCAGAUGACCAGGAGAAGAUGUUGGCAUCAUUAAAUCGUAAAGUUGAAGAGGUGUAUCGCGGCUGUAUUGGUGACAAUGAAGCAAACAUCAGCACCCUACAGAUGUUAACUAACAUAGAAAAUAGACUGGAAGAAUUAUUCCAACAAAUAGAAACUAUGCCACAAGACAAGGUGGAGGCUGCAGAAAAGGCUAAAGAGAAAGAAAGAAGAUUAAAGAUGAGAGAAGAAAAGAUUGAACAACAGAAGAAAUACCAGGAAGAAAGAGUGCGUAGAGCUUUAGAACGAGCCAAGGCAGAACCUAAAAAACAGACUGGAAAGAAAUUGGUAUUCCGUUCAGAACCUCCACAAAUGAGGAAGAAACAAGACGAAGGUGCUGAUCAAGCCAGCAAAGAGGAGGAAGAAUUAGCCUAUUUCUUUACGUGGUAA